AUGCUCCCAAGAGGCUGGCUGUGCUGGGCCUCCCUGCUGCUCCUAGCCAGACACACCCAGGCCUGCCCUGUGGGCUGCGACUGCUUCAGCCGGGAAGUGUUCUGCUCAGAUAAACACCUGGCCACCAUCCCACCGGACAUCCCUCCGCACGCCACAGACAUUGUCUUUGUGGAGACCUCCUUUACCACAGUGGGGACCAGGGCUUUCAGCGGCAACCCCAACCUGACCAAGGUAGUCUUCCUCAACACCCAUGUCCGUCACUUGGAACCUGAUGCCUUUGGGGGGCUGCCCAGGUUGGGGGACCUGGAGGUCACCGGCAGCCCUCUUUCUAACCUCAGUGCCAACAUCUUCUCCAACCUGACCUCACUGGACAAGUUCACACUAGACUUCAACAAGCUGAAGGCUCUGCCUGAGGACCUCUUUUACCACAUGGAUGCCCUGCAGUCCCUCCACCUGCAGGGGAACCAGCUCCAAACCGUGCCUGGGAGAAUCUUCCAGUCUCUGGGGCAUCUCAGGACUCUUAACCUGGCUCAGAACCUCCUGGAGCAGCUCCCUGAGGGGCUGUUCCACCCACUCACCAGACUUCAGACCCUGAAGCUUAGUAACAACAUGCUGACCAGCCUCCCUGACGGUGUGUUUAGCCGCCUGGGCAGCCUGCAAGAGCUCUACCUGGACAGCAAUGUCAUCUCAGAGCUGUCCCCACGCGUGUUCUCAGAGCUCUUCUGUCUGGAGAAGCUGUGGCUCCAGCGCAAUGCCAUUGGCCACCUGCCACUCUCUGUCUUCUCCUCCCUGAACCAUCUGACCUUCCUGAACCUUCAGGGCAACGUGAUGUCCAUGUUGCCUGCUGGGCUCUUCACCCACACCCCAGGCCUAUACGGCCUCUCCCUGUCCCACAACCGGCUGGAGAGCCUUGCCGAGGGUGCCUUUGCCAACCUGUCCAGCCUCAGUUCCCUUACUCUCUCACACAAUGCCAUCAGCCACCUUCCUGAAGGUAUCUUCAGGGACCUCGAGGCAUUGGUCCAACUCUACCUGGGCAGCAAUAACCUGACAUCCUUGCAUCCCAACCUCUUCCAGAACCUGUCAAGGCUUGAGCUGCUCAGCCUGUCCAGGAAUCAGCUGACCACACUCCCAGGGGGCAUUUUUGACACCAACUACAACCUCUUCAACCUGGCUCUGUAUGGCAACCCCUGGCAGUGUGACUGUCACCUGUCCUACCUCAUUAAUUGGCUGCACCUGUACAGUGAACAGCUCUUCAACAUCCACGCCUACUGCGAGGGCCCUGCCUACCUCAAGGGCCAAGUCGUGCCCACCUUAAAGAAGGAGCAGUUGGUGUGCCCUGCCACCAGGGACUGCUUGGGCUUCCAUGCCCUGGGGCCAGAUGACAGGGAUCUUGGAGGCAGCUGGGAACUGGAGGUUAAGGGGAAAGCAGCCCCCCGCCGGUGCAUCUACAGUAACCCCGAGAACACCGUGGUACUUGCCUGCUACGAGGCUCAGUGUAAUCGGCUGAACAUCAAGCUCUCUCCCAGGCAAAGCUCAGGUUCCCCAGCAAUGGUGCACAAAGCCAGCCAGGAGUGGGACUUGAGGUCAAGCUGUGGUUCCGUGAGGGUAACUGUGUCUAUUGAGGCUCUGGCUGGAGGGCCCUAG